ACACAAAAGGGGUAUGAGAAGAAGAGAGCAAAGCUUCUGGCUCCGUAUGUUCCACAAACCCAAGGGGUUGAUCCAGCGUUACAGAAGGAAUCCAGAACUCAGAUGCCCGUUCCAUCUGCAACUCCAGCCUCAGCAUCGUCAUCAUCAUCCUCAUCCAAAUUUCACCGAGCUCGCUCAGGGGGAGCCAGAGAUGAACGCUAUCGAUCUGAUAUCCACACAGAAGCAGUUCAAGCAGCACUGGCAAAACACAAAGAACAGAAGAUGGCCUUGCCCAUGCCAACGAAAAGACGGUCUACAUUUGUCCAGUCUCCAGCUGAUGCCUGCACUCCCCCAGACACGUCUUCCGCAUCCGAGGAUGAGGGGUCGCUAAGGCGCCAAGCUGCUCUUUCUGCUGCAUUGCAUCAGAGCUUACAGAAUGCUGAGUCUUGGAUCAACCGAUCUAUUCAGGGGUCAUCCACAUCUUCAUCAGCAUCUUCUACACUUUCCCAUGGAGAAGGCAAAGGGACCAGUGGGUCACUAGCUGAUGUAUUUGCCAAUACUCGAAUAGAAAAUUUCUCAGUUCCCCCAGAUGUCACAGCAACUACCUCCUCUUCCUCAGCACGCCCAGCAGUGAUUGACCUUCCUCCUUCAGGGAUUGUGAAAGGCAUGCACAAGGGAUCUAAUCGGUCUAGUCUCAUGGAUACUGCUGAUGGUGUUCCUGUGAGUAGUAGAGUCUCCACGAAAAUUCAGCAGUUGCUUAACACCUUGAAAAGACCUAAAAGACCACCCCUGAAAGAAUUUUUUGUGGAUGAUUUUGAAGAAAUUGUGGAAGUUCCACAGCCUGACCCAAAUCAGCCCAAGCCAGAAGGACGCCAGAUGACACCUGUGAAGGGAGAACCCCUGGGAGUUGUUUGUAACUGGCCUCCUGCCUUAGAAGCAGCACUGCAGCGCUGGGGAACCACACAAGCUAAAUGCCCCUGUCUGACAGCACUGGAUGUUACAGGAAAACCGGUUUAUACCCUCACGUAUGGCAAAUUGUGGAGCAGAAGUCUCAAGCUGGCCUACACACUGCUUAAUAAACUGGGGACCAAAAAUGAACCCGUGUUAAAACCUGGAGAUAGGGUAGCCCUUGUUUAUCCCAACAAUGACCCAGUCAUGUUCAUGGUGGCAUUUUACGGCUGUCUCCUAGCAGAAGUCAUACCAGUGCCUAUAGAGGUACCUCUUACCAGAAAGGAUGCUGGUGGUCAGCAGAUUGGUUUUCUGCUGGGAAGCUGUGGUAUUGCUUUGGCCCUCACCACUGAAGUUUGUCUGAAAGGGCUUCCAAAAACCCAAAAUGGAGAAAUUGUGCAGUUUAAAGGUUGGCCCAGGCUCAAAUGGGUUGUGACAGAUUCAAAAUAUCUCUCCAAAUCUCCUAAGGACUGGCAGCCCAACAUCUCAGCUGCAGGAACUGAGCCAGCAUAUAUUGAGUACAAGACGAGCAAAGAGGGCAGUGUUAUGGGUGUUACAGUGUCUCGGAUUGCCAUGCUGUCUCACUGUCAAGCCUUGUCUCAGGCCUGCAACUAUUCUGAAGGUGAAACGAUAGUGAAUGUUUUGGAUUUUAAGAAGGAUGCAGGGUUGUGGCAUGGCAUUCUAACGAAUGUAAUGAACAAACUGCAUACUAUCAGCGUGCCCUAUUCUGUGAUGAAAACCUGUCCACUCUCAUGGGUGCAGAGAGUUCAUGCCCACAAAGCAAAAGUUGCUUUAGUCAAGUGUCGAGACUUGCAUUGGGCCAUGAUGGCCCAUCGAGACCAAAGAGAUGUCAGUUUGAGUUCUCUACGCAUGCUGAUUGUAACUGAUGGUGCAAAUCCUUGGUCUGUUUCCUCAUGUGAUGCCUUCCUGAGCUUGUUUCAGAGCCACGGGCUUAAACCAGAGGCAAUUUGUCCAUGUGCCACAUCUCCAGAAGCGAUGACUAUUGCAAUACGGAGGCCUGGGGUCCCCGGGGCACCUUUGCCUGGAAGAGCCAUCCUGUCCAUGAAUGGGUUGAGUUUUGGUGUGAUUCGUGUCAACACUGAAGAUAAAAACUCUGCUCUCACUGUCCAGGAUGUUGGCCACGUGAUGCCAGGAGGAAUGAUGUGUAUAGUGAAACCUGAUGGACCACCUCAGCUCUGUAAAACAGAUGAGAUUGGUGAGAUCUGUGUCAGCUCCAGAGCAGGAGGAAUGAUGUAUUAUGGGCUGACAGGGGUGACAAAGAAUACAUUUGAGGUUAUCCCUGUGAACUCAGCUGGCUCUCCAGUGGGUGAUGUGCCAUUUGUCCGUUCUGGCUUGCUGGGGUUUGUUGGACCUGGCAGUUUGGUAUUUGUGGUUGGAAAAAUGGAUGGAUUGCUGACAGUUAGCGGACGUAGACAUAAUGCCGAUGACAUUGUAGCAACUGGAUUGGCAGUAGAGUCAAUAAAAACAGUUUACAGAGGAAGGAUUGCUGUGUUCUCAGUAUCUGUCUUCUAUGAUGAGAGGAUUGUGGUGGUUGCAGAGCAGAGGCCAGAUGCAUCUGAAGAGGACAGUUUUCAGUGGAUGAGUCGAGUGCUGCAGGCAAUUGACAGCAUUCACCAAGUGGGUGUAUAUUGCCUUGCUCUUGUGCCAGCCAAUACAUUGCCAAAAACUCCGUUGGGAGGGAUCCAUAUCUCUCAAACUAAACAGCACUUUCUGGAGGGCUCUCUGCAUCCCUGCAACAUCCUCAUGUGCCCACACACGUGUGUGACGAACUUGCCAAAACCCAGGCAGAAACAACCAGGCGUUGGCCCUGCCUCUGUGAUGGUGGGGAACCUGGUUGCUGGGAAGCGUAUUGCUCAAGCCUCUGGAAGAGAUCUUGGUCAAAUAGAAGACAAUGAUUUAGUUAAAAAGCACCAGUUCCUGACAGAGGUGUUACAGUGGAGAGCUCAAGCAACUCCUGAUCACCCACUCUUCCUUUUAUUAAAUGCCAAGGGAACUACUGUGUGCACAGCCACCUGCCUUCAGUUGCACAAAAAAGCGGAGAGAAUUGCAUCAGUUCUGUGUGACAAAGGACAUCUCAAUGCAGGAGACAAUGUGGUGCUUCUUUAUCCUCCUGGCAUUGAGCUAAUCACCGCGUUCUAUGGCUGUUUGUAUGCUGGCUGCAUCCCUGUGACCGUGAGACCACCUCAUGCUCAGAGCCUCACUGCUACUCUGCCCACUGUGCGAAUGAUCGUGGAAGUCAGCAAAGCUGCCUGUAUUCUCACAACCCAGACCUUAAUGAGACUACUGAAAUCCAGAGAGGCAGCUGCUGCUGUAGAUGUGAAAACCUGGCCAACCAUCAUUGACACAGAUGACUUGCCCAGGAAGCGGCUGUCUCAGAUCUAUAAGCCACCUACGCCUGAAAUGUUAGCAUAUCUAGAUUUUAGUGUUUCCACAACAGGCAUGCUUACAGGAGUAAAGAUGUCCCACGCAGCAGUGAGUGGUCUUUGCAGGGCAAUCAAGCUUCAAUGUGAACUCUACUCCUCUCGGCAGAUUGCAAUUUGUCUUGACCCCUAUUGUGGACUAGGUUUUGUGCUCUGGUGCCUUUGCAGUGUGUAUUCUGGACACCAGUCAAUUUUAAUUCCUCCUAUGGAGCUGGAAUCCAAUCUUUUUCUCUGGUUAUCUACUGUCAGCCAGUAUAAAAUAAGGGACACUUUCUGUUCCUAUUCAGUCAUGGAACUGUGCACAAAGGGACUUGGAAACCAAGUUGAAAUGUUAAAGGCACGAGGAAUUAAUCUGUCCUGUGUCCGGACUUGUGUGGUAGUUGCAGAGGAACGGCCGCGAGUUUCUCUCACUCAUUCCUUCUCCAAACUCUUCAAAGACAUUGGCCUGUCGUCUCGUGCUGUAAGCACCACCUUCGGAUCAAGAGUCAACGUUGCUAUCUGUUUACAGGGAACAUCUGGGCCUGAUCCCACCACAGUGUAUGUAGAUCUGAAAUCCUUGAGACAUGACAGAGUACGUUUGGUGGAAAGAGGAGCUCCACAAAGCCUGCUACUUUCAGAAUCUGGGAAG